CAGUACUGAAACGAGAAGUCGAAUCGCAAAGUUUAGUAGGCAUAAUUAAAUGUCUGAACGCUUGUAAAAACAGCAGCAUCAACACCAACAACCACCCUAGCGGCAAUCCAAUGAAGUGUUCUCAAUAAGUGGAAAAGUUCUGCGCCGAAAGUUGGAUUAACGUGACGAGAGUGGAUCUCGGAUGACUCUCGAGGAAAUCGUCCGGACGUCACGACUUCACCCGCAGCUCGCGCUUAUUAGAGUUUAAAACAGUACAAGUAACCGUGCGUUGCCUCUCCGCCCGAUAAUGACGAGUACACGAUGCAUUAGGAUCGGCCCGCUCCUACGAUGUGAUACAAAACCACAGUUCUUCGCUCUUCUGCUCUUUAAUUCGGUUUUCAUACACUCAGCAUUGGGACUCAAUUAUGGAGGCUCUGAGAAUGUGGACCAUGGCAGUUAUAAUGAGGUUCAAGAUGUGUACGAGGAAGAGACCUACUCUGCACCACAAAUGGACUACAAAAAUCCCCGCUGGUGUCGGACUCUGAGUUUGCCCAACGGAGAAGUGGCAUGUUCCUCUCCUCGAGGUGGAGGCUAUACUAGCACUCUUGGUACACGCUGUUUGCUGUCCUGUGACCGUGGUUACAGACUGUUGGGCAGAUCAUCUGUGCAGUGUAUGCCCAACCGACGCUGGUCUGGUGCCAGUCACUGCCGAAAGAUUCGCUGUCAUGUACUGCCUCUUAUCAUGCAUGGUGCGUACAGUUGCACUCAUGGCUUUGUGGCAGACUCCAGGUGCGACUACACCUGUGCUCCAGGUUACCAGCUGGAGGGAGAUCGCUACCGUGUUUGCCAGGAUGCAGGGAAGUGGAGUGGGAUAGAGCCGACAUGUGCAGAUCAUGAGCCUCCAAAAUUGAAAUGUCCUUUAUCUAGAGUGAAGGUUGCUGAACCUGGUAAACUAACUGCCCGGGUGUCAUGGGACCGCCCUCUUGUCAAGGAUACUGCUGACAAAACACUGGAGAUUUUCAGAAAUGGACCAGAGCCCGGUUCAGACUUCACUGCGGGGAUACAUGUGAUCCGUUACAAAGUAUACGAUCAGGCCAAGAACAGAGCAGCCUGCAAAUUCAUAGUGCGGGUGGAGGUAAAACGGUGUCCUGCACUGAAGCCUCCUCUCCACGGCUACCUCAGCUGCUCAUCUGAUGGGAAUAAUUACGGGGCUGUGUGCGAGUACCACUGCGAGGCAGGUUAUGAAAAGAGAGGCACAUCAACACGUGUUUGUCAGUUCAACCGCAGCUGGUCUGACAAAGCAGCUGAAUGCCUCUUGAUGCAGUUCAAAACAGAUGUGAGGACGGCCGCUGCUCUUCUCGACCAGUUCUACGAAAAGAGGAGGCUUCUCAUUGUGUCGACUCCACACGUUGCUAAUCAGUACUACAAGUUACAGAAUAUCAUGCUACAGAGGGCUGAAUGCGGUCUGGACCUGAGACACGUGACAGUGAUCGAGUUGUUGGGUAGUCCACCCCGUGAGGUGGGCCGUAUUAAAGGCAGUCACCUGGACUUUGAGGUCAUUGAGGAUCUCAGGCAAGCUUUUAGAAUCUCCAGGGCAUAUUUCACCAUGGUGCUGGUGGAUGAACACGGAGUUGAUCGGGAACGUUUCAUCAACCCCACCACCUCAGAUGAACUCUAUGCCUACAUAGAGGAUUACCUACUCACUGAAGAGGAACGAGAGAGGUUGGAGGAGAACAGAGAUUUCUGUGAAUGAGUCUUGCCACAUUCAUCUCACCUGUAUUUAACAAAGAGACGGUUGUUCAGGGAGUAAAGCUUUAUUUUGUAGAGAUAAAAAGAAAAACAGGUAUCCCAGCUAGAAGAAGCAGUGAGGACAUUCUGUCUUUCUCCAGAUGUAUUCUACAAACAGAGCUUGUAGUGACUCAGAUGGUUUUAAAGCCUCAUAGUGCUUAUGUGAACAAGAUUACUUAAGUCAGUUGUUGAUGUUAACAUGCGUAAUUUCAUACUCUUAUGGUAAGCCGAAACAAGCGGAUGGAAGACAGAUAUGCAGCGGCACCUUCAGCAGGCUUUGCUGUUGUUCGCUGAUGUGUCGUUAGGGAAAAAAUCAGGUGUGUAACGAAAACAUUUUAAAGUAUUUUGAAAUAGCAAAUAAUUGCUACUCAAUAACAAUAUCAAAAAUUGUCAUUUAAAUCUUUAUUGUGGAGUUGAAUGUGUAAGAGUUGUUUUAAUUGUGGUCACAGGAUGAGGAAGCGGUACGCCUGGAGAUUUUUAGUUUUUAGUUUUUCAGUGCGCUAUGGGUGAAAAAAAAUGUUGUGAAAUACUGAUCUAGUGCACAGCAAUGACAGCUGGAAUGUUUCGAUUUAAUUUAAUAUUUAUUAAGAGCAGAAUAAUUUGAUAUUUCCAUAAUGUAAAAAAGUGCCAGCAUGCUUUAAUUUUAGGUACAAUAUUGAUCACUUUUCAGAAGUGUGAGACCAGCAUUGAGGGAGACAGUAGGAUAACUGCAAACGAAUGCACAGCUAAAAUUGAAUAUUUUAAAACCACAAACUUGUAUGGCCCGAAAUGUAACAAAAUUUGCAGUGUUUUGCAAUGCAUUCUGAAACACCAGCUCCUCUCUCUUGUGCAUUUAACAAAAAUUUUGCAUUAAACAAAAUGCAUUAAUAUUCUAAAAUAAUGGAAUAUCAAUAACCUUGGAUAGGUCUGUUCAUGGGAUUGUGCAUAUGUCCUCUAUAAAUAAACUGUGUACUACUAAAAUACA